GAAAUAGGACACAAUUGUUGAGCAAGAAAAGAAGUAUUGAAACCUUUGGUCUGUUUACUAAGCUCAAAACCAAAGAAAUUUCAAGAACUCAUCAAUUCAAAUGGCUUCGGUGGAUAUUGAGAGGAGAAUGAUGGAGACUGAGAGAGAAGAUAGAUGUUCAGCAAAAGGGACAAAGCAAACUGGUGAAGGUCUAAGACAAUAUUAUAUGCAGCAUAUUCAUGAUCUCCAGCUUCAGGUCAGACAAAAGACUCAUAAUCUCAAUCGACUUGAAGCCCAACGAAAUGAACUCAAUUCCAAAGUGAGAAUGCUUAAGGAAGAAUUACAGUUGCUUCAGGAGCCUGGAUCAUAUGUUGGUGAAGUUGUUAAAGUGAUGGGGAAGUCAAAAGUUUUAGUCAAAGUUCAUCCUGAAGGAAAAUAUGUUGUUGACAUUCAUAAGAUUAUUGACAUUACAAAGAUUACUCCAUCAACUAGAGUAGCCCUCCGCAAUGACAGCUACGUUCUCCAUCUAAUUCUGCCCAGCAAAGUGGACCCAUUGGUCAACCUAAUGAAAGUUGAGAAAGUGCCUGAUUCCACUUACGACAUGAUUGGUGGCCUUGACCAGCAAAUUAAAGAGAUUAAAGAGGUUAUUGAGCUUCCCAUUAAACAUCCUGAGCUGUUCGAGUCUCUUGGAAUAGCUCAACCUAAGGGAGUGCUUCUUUACGGGCCUCCAGGAACAGGGAAAACACUGUUGGCGAGGGCAGUUGCACAUCAUACUGAUUGCACAUUCAUUCGGGUCUCUGGUUCUGAACUGGUGCAGAAAUAUAUUGGAGAAGGUUCUCGUAUGGUGAGAGAACUCUUUGUCAUGGCCAGGGAACAUGCUCCUUCUAUCAUUUUUAUGGAUGAAAUAGACAGUAUUGGAUCUGCUAGAAUGGAGUCAGGUAGUGGCAAUGGUGAUAGUGAAGUGCAGAGAACAAUGUUGGAGCUUCUUAAUCAACUUGAUGGAUUUGAGGCAUCAAACAAAAUUAAGGUUUUGAUGGCUACAAACCGCAUUGAUAUUCUGGAUCAAGCACUCCUGAGACCUGGAAGAAUUGAUAGGAAGAUUGAAUUUCCAAAUCCCAAUGAAGAGUCCCGUUUCGAUAUUUUGAAGAUUCAUUCUAGGAGGAUGAACUUGAUGCGAGGGAUUGACUUGAAGAAAAUUGCUGAGAAGAUGAAUGGUGCUUCUGGGGCAGAACUUAAGGCUGUCUGUACAGAAGCAGGGAUGUUUGCACUAAGGGAGAGGAGGGUACACGUGACACAAGAAGAUUUUGAGAUGGCAGUUGCCAAGGUAAUGAAGAAAGAGACGGAGAAGAACAUGUCUUUGCGAAAGCUGUGGAAAUAAAUGCCCGGGGGGAACACCAAAAUGGCAACAAUCUUCUACUCGUGGAAUUUAGUGCAUAUACUGUGUCGACUUUUCUGCUCGUGGAUAUUGAACGUGUAUACAUUCUGUGCUCAAGGAAUGUGUAUACGCGUGGAACCACUAGCUUCUUGAGCCAGCAAAUAUAGAAGCAUAGCUUCUUGUUCUCUGGCUGAUUUAAGGAGCUUUUAGUCUUGCAUUUGAUUUAAUUAUGAGUCGAGUCGGAUGUGGUACUAUGCCCGUAGAUGUUUUCUCAUACGUUUCUGUCAUUUUUUUGCGCGGAUUGCCCUUCGUUUGGGGUGGUCUUUAAAUUUUGCCCCUCAAAUUUAUGGUCUUUAAAUUUUGCCCUUCA